GUCUCCUAAUAAAUUAAAAGUGAAAGUUAAAAGUAUAUAUGCUGCUGCAAUUUUGAAACAACUGCGCCAUGAAGGAGAACAAUCUAUGUUUUUCUGUGAAAUAUAUUGAGCAACAGUAAACUGCCUUGGACUUUCAUCCGCCGUCAUUUCUGAGGAUCCGAUGUAAAUCUCCUGACGGCCUGGGGAGAGUGAAGAAAAUAUGGAGGAAGACAGAGAUCCUACGUGUUGAAACAUACCAGUGAUGCUGCAGAAGCAACCUCAGACAUGGCUUCUACAAGACAAUCUGCUUUAGAGUACAUUACAAAUGGAAGGCGACGUCUCAUUGGAAGGCUCCAGAAUCUGCCCCUUAUUGUGGAAAACCUGUUCCAGCGCAAGGUUCUUCACGAGGAGGAAGUAAGUAAAAUUCAGGCUGAAGUUGACUGUUUUGACCAAACCAGAAGAAUUCUGGACUGGGUCUCAGCCAAAGGAGAGGCUGCAUGCUACGAGUUACUGACAAUUCUAGACAUCACAAGGAAGAGGACCUUAGAUGACGCUGACUUACAGCAAUGGAUCAGCUGUUUCCCCUUCAAGGAAGACCCAGAGAUGACAGACUACCUUGUUGGUUCAAAACCCUGUCACAGAUAUCAGACACAGCUGAAAUGUGAAGCACAGAGGAUCACCGAGAGUGCAUGGAAACAAAGUUGUAGUCUCCUAUCAGAGAGAUUUAGAAAUGAGGGGACUUUCUCUUACACCCCUCUUGUGUUAGAUACAGAUGUGCAUUCAUCUGACUCUAAAAUUAAAAUGAAGAAUAAAAGAUGCAAGAAAGCUCGGCCUAAAAAGCUAAAGAGCUUCAUCCCCAUGGCCAAACAGGAAACAUCCCCUGCUGAGCUGCUAAAAACACAUGAGAAAAAAAUCCUCCUGAUUGGAAAACCUGGAAUUGGAAAAACAACAGUCGCCCAUCAAAUGUUGAACCUCUGGGCAGAGAAAGAUCACAGAGAACUAGAUUACGUGUUUUAUUUUGACGUGAGAGACAUUUCACACAGAAAACCCAUGAACCUGGAGGACCUUCUCUUUAACAUGAACAGUGAGCCAAAAGAAAGCAAAGAAGAAGUGUUACAGGAUAUUAAGAAGAACUCUGAAAAUGUUGUCAUUAUAUUUGAUGGAAUCACAGACCUCUCCUAUCUAUCGGUAGUAAAGAACCUUGUGGAGAAACUCCUCCCUGAUGCAAAGAUUGUGACCACAUGCAGACCAGAUCAAUCUGAAGACUUCCUGACAUACUGGCCCGUAGACUGGUUCAGAGUGGAGGUGAAAGGUUUCAGUGAUGAAUCCAUUAGGACUUACUUAACACAGAUGCUGAGUGCUGAGCUUGACUCCUUGAGCAGUGUGUUAAACAACCUAGAGUUGUUCAGUCUGUGUCAUGUCCCAAUGUACGCACUGAUGGUGGUUACCUGCAUUUAUUUCCCUACCUCAGAGGCUUCUAAACAGACAUGCACUAUAACUGGAAUGUACAGCAACAUCCUCCGUCACUGCAUCCAAAAACACAGUGCCAAACGACUUAAGGAUACCGACAAUUGUCUCAAAGAAAACAGAGAGAAGAUAUUGUCUUUGGCAGAAAUUGCUUUUGAUGCAACAAAUGAAAAAAACAUGAACUUGACAACACUGAGUUGUGAAGAAAGCAGUAUCCAUUUUGCAUUCUUGGGGGCAUUUAUGGUUAAGGUUGCACCCACAGCAUCAGACACUUACGCUGCAUUUCUCCACUACACAAUGCAGGAGUUCUUUGGUGCCCUUUGGCUCUUACAGAAUCCAGACAAAAUCAGAGAGGUUCUAGAGAAGUGCCAGACUGAAGAAUGGAAACACACAAAACACUUGAUUCCUUUCCUGUGUGGGCUUCUGAAUGAGAGGAAUAUUAGAUUGGUAAACAGUCUAGUUCCAGCUCAACAGAUCAAGAAGACGUCAGAUUGGUUCUUCAAGGAAGUUGUGAACACAUUUCUUCCAUCUCAAACAAACCAAGAUGAUGCAGAAGGUGGUGCUCCUGAGUUUGAGGUAGAUGUUCUGUUUUUGUGUCAGUGCUUGUAUGAAUAUCAGUCUACUGAGGCCUGUCUGCUUCUCCUGGACAAACUAGACUAUCAUCUAGACCUGAGUAGAGAACAUCUUGAUCCUCACCAGUGCUGUGCAGUCUCUUAUGUCACCAGUCAGUCUGCAGAGAGAAAGGUUGGCUUGGACCUGAACGGCUGCACUGUGUCAGACCAAGGAGUAAGGCUGAUACUGGGCUCUCUGAAGAAUGUCAGACAUCUUGGGUAAGGUUAUUAUCUGUGUUCAAACUAACCUAGUCAAAUAAAGAUUGGUAAUCACCAUUCAUGCAACUACUUUAAUUCCUUGUUUGUCACAGCUGAUACCAUUUGAGGUCAGGAUACAUCUCUCUGUAAAUUUUAAAACUGUCUCAAGACUUUUCCCUACUGAUUAAAUCAACCCCAUAUCCCUGCAAAUAAGUUAUCUUGAGGAAUGCAACAUUCACUGGUAUUAUCAGCCAUUUUACUGAGUUAGUUGUCAAGAUGACAAAAUGCUCAUGCUACUUCCAAAAAUGUAAGAUUUGAAUGUCACAACUUCUGCCGAAGUCGAUGCCUCUCCUUGUUCGGGCGGUGUUCGGCGGUCGAAGUCGAUGCCUCUCCUUGUUCGGCGGUCGAAGUCGCCGGUCUCCUAGUCAUCACCGAUCCAUUUUUCAUUUUCCAUUUGUUUUGUCUCGUUUUUCCACACACCUGGUUCUCAUUUCCCUCAUUUUGUAUUGUGUAUAUAACCCUGUUUUCCCCAUGUCUUUGUGUGGUAUUGUUGAUUGUUUCGUGUAUGCACACGUUAGACUGGUUGCACUGGGUUGUUACCCGUAUUGUGUUUAGUGUGCUUAGUGCCGUGUGUUUUUGCCUAAAUAAAAGGCUCCGUUUGCUAGCCACAUUCUGCUCUCCUGCGCCUGACUACCUUACAGCCAGUUACACAUACCUGACAUUGAAUUAAAGAUCAAAUCUGUUUACUGAUGAUACAUCUGACCCUUCAAUGCAUGUCAGACAUCUUGGGUAAUAUUUGUGUUAUCUAAUUCACCAGUUUAUUUCCAAUUAACCAGUCAAAGAAAGAUAUAUUUUUAAGAUGGGUUGUUUCAUCACAAUGUAUCUUAUAUUCUCUUCCAUUCAGAUACUGAGUUAUAAACACUUCUGUUUCAUGCUACUUUGAAAUAAUCAGUAUAUAUUAUCUUUUAAAGACCAUCCUCUGAUGAUUCAUCUGACCCCUCAAUGCUGUGUCAACUCUGGAUAACUUUGCUGAGCAGUGAGGCAGAAAUGGACUUCACCACUUUACUUGGUCUCUGUGGAAAUGAGUUGCAGCUUCCAGUCCAGGGUGAAAUACGAGUGUUUGAGAGAGCAGAAGAAGUGAUGAAGCAGAGUCUAGAGAGGGUUCAUCUCUGUCUACACUGGGAUCAGAGAACUGUUCUCAGUGAAGCUCUCAGCAAAACCAUCUUAAAGUGUCUACCAAAUAUCAGCAAGUUCAGGUUUACCCCUCUACAACAUCAGAGAGGAUCCCUUGAAAGACUGGAAACAGAAGAGAAAGCAGCCCUACUAGAUUUGUGUCUACAAGCAGCACUAGAUCACAGAGAAACGCUCCAGAGAACUGUGAACACACUGCUGUCAAUGUUCUCUGUGUAUCAAACUGAGAGAUAUGACAUCCUGCUGGAUCUGUACUCUCAUGUGAAGUACAAUAGGAAUCAAACAGCCAGGAGUGUCCUUCCAUCAUUGAAGCCACUUUACCAGUCAGCCAGUCAUGUAGUCUGGUCCAUAGACCUCUCAGAGAGAAAGGCCUCCCUCCUCCUAGAAGUGCUGAAACUCCAACCAGAGAAGAAACCAGUAGAGCUGAAGGGCUGGUCAGAUGAAGAGAGUGAAGUGAGGAGUUUCCUUCAGUGUCUGCCCUACAUCUCACAGCUGAGAUUUCCUCCACUGAAGGAUAAUCUAGAGAGGAGAAAGAGAGAGAAGACAUUCCUACUGGAUCUGUGUCUUCAAGCAGCUCUCCAUGAGAGAGGAACCAUACAAACAACUGUAGAGAAAGUGUUGUCCCUGUCUGAAGUAUAUCACAAUCAGAAAGAUGUUUUCCUGCUGGAUCUGUACUCACAUGUGAAGGACUAUGAGACUCAAACAGGCAGGAGUGUCCUUCCAGCAUUACAGCCAGUUUACCAGUCAGCUCCUGCAUUCUGGUCCAUAGACCUCUCAGAGAGAAAGGCCUCCCUCCUCCUAGAAGUGCUGAAACUCCAACCAGAGAAGAAACCAGUAGAGCUGAAGGGCUGGUCAGAUGAAGAGAGUGAAGUGAGGAGUUUCCUUCAGUGUCUGUCCUACAUCUCACAGCUGAGAUUUCUUCCACUGAUGGAUAAUAUAGAGAGGAGAAAGAGAGAGAAGACAUUCCUACUGAAUCUGUGUCUUCAAGCAGCUCUCCAUGAGAGAGGAACCAUACAAACAACUGUAGAGAAAGUGUUGUCACUGUCUGAAGUAUAUCACUAUCAGAAAUGUAAUUUCCUGCUGGAUCUGUACUCACAUGUGAAGGACUAUGAGACUCAAACAGGCAGGAGUGUCCUUCCAGCAUUACAGCCAGUUUACCAGUCAGCUCCUGCAGUCUGGUCCAUAGACCUCUCAGAGAGAAAGGCCUCCCUCCUCCUAGAAGUGCUGAAACUCCAACCAGAGAAGAAACCAGUAGAGCUGAAGGGCUGGUCAGAUGAAGAGAGUGAAGUGAGGAGUUUCCUUCAGUGUCUGCCCUACAUCUCACAGCUGAGUUUCUGUCCAUGGAGGUAUGAUCCCUCAAAGGUGAUCAAGUUCCUGGUGGAUCUCCUGUCUCAAGCAGCAGAGAGGGAGGAGCAGACAGGAGAGAAGACUCUGAAGCUGGUAUCAUCAGUGUGGACUUACAGCACCUUUCCUUUCUGUGAUGAUGAUAAUGUUGUGAUCAAGGAAUAUCAAUGUGAUUUCCUGCUGGAUCUGUACUCACAUGUGAAGGACUAUGAGACUCAAACAGGCAGGAGUUUCCUUCCAGCAUUACAGCCAGUUUACAAGUCAGCCAGUCCUACGGCCUGGUCCAUAGACCUCUCAAAGAGAAAGGCCUCCCUCCUCCUAGAAGUGCUGAAACUCCAACCAGAGAAGAAACCAGUAGAGCUGAAGGGCUGGUCUGAUGAAGAGAGUGAAGUGAGGAGUUUCCUUCAGUGUCUGUCCUAUAUCUCACAGCUGAGUUUCUGUCCACGGAGGUCUGAUCCCUCAAAGCGGAUCAAGUUCCUGGUGGAUCUCCUGUCUCAAGCAGCAGAGUGGGAGGAGCAGACAGGAGAGAAGACACUGAAGCUGGUAUCAUCAGUGUGUACUUACAACACCUUUCCUUUUCCCAAUGGAGACAAUUCUGAACAGAGUGAUUUCCUGCUGGAUCUGUACUCACAUGUGAAGGACUAUGAGACUCAAACAGGCAGGAGUGUCCUUCCAGCAUUACAGCCAGUUUACCAGUCAGCUCCUGCAGCCUGGUCCAUAGACCUCUCAGAGAGAAAGGCCUCCCUCCUCCUAGAAGUGCUGAAACUCCAACCAGAGAAGAAACCAGUAGAGCUGAAGGGCUGGUCAGAUGAAGAGAGUGAAGUGAGGAGUUUCCUUCAGUGUCUGUCCUACAUCUCACAGCUGAGUUUCUAUCCAUGGAGGUCUGAUCCCUCAAAGCGGAUCAAGUUCCUGGUGGAUCUCCUGUCUCAAGCAGCAGAGUGGGAGGAGCAGACAGGAGAGAAGACACUGAAGCUGGUAUCAUCAGUGUGUACUUACAGCACCUUUCCUUUUGACUAUGGAGACAAUUCUAAACAGAGUGAUUUCCUGCUUGAUCUGUACUCACAUGUGAAGGAUUAUGAGACUCAAACAGUCAGGAGUGUCCUUCCAGCAUUACAGCCAGUUUACCAGUCAGCUCCUGCAGUCUGGUCCAUAGACCUCUCAGAGAGAAAGGCCUCCCUCCUCCUAGAAGUGCUGAAACUCCAACCAGAGAAGAAAUCAUUAGAGCUGAAGGGCUGGUCAGAUGAAGAGAGUGAAGUGAGGAGUUUCCUUCAGUGUCUGUCCUACAUCUCACAGCUGAGCUUCUGUCCAUGGAGGCCUGAUCCCUCAAAGCAGAUCAAGUUCCUGAUGGAUCUCCUGUCUCAAGCAGCAGAGAGGGAGGAGCAGACAGGAGAGAAGAUACUGAAGCUGGUAUCAUCAGUGUGUACUUACAGCACCUUUCCUUUUCCCAAUGGAGACAAUUCUAAACAAAGUGAUUUCCUGCUGGAUCUGUACUUACAUGUGAAGGACUAUGAGACUCAAACAGGCAGGAGUGUCCUUCCAGCAUUACAGCCAGUUUACAAGUCAGCCAGUCCUGCAGUCUGGUCCAUAGACCUCUCAGACAGAAAGGCCUCCCUCCUCCUAGAAGUGCUGAAACUCCAACCAGAGAAGAAACCAGUAGAGCUGAAGGGCUGGUCAGUUGAAGAGAGUGAAGUGAGGAGUUUCCUUCAGUGUCUGUCCUACAUCUCACAGCUGAGCUUCUGUCCAUGGUGGUCUGAUCCCUCAAAGCAGAUCAAGUUCCUGGUGGAUCUCCUGUCUCAAGCAGCAGAGAGGGAGGAGCAGACAGGAGAGAAGACACUGAAGCUGGUAUCAUCAGUGUGUACUUACAACACCUUUCCUUUUCCCAAUGGAGACAAUUCUAAACAAAGUGAUUUCCUGCUGGAUCUGUACUUACAUGUGAAGGACUAUGAGACUCAAACAGGCAGGAGUGUCCUUCCAGCAUUACAGCCAGUUUACAAGUCAGCCAGUCCUGCAGUCUGGUCCAUAGACCUCUCAGAGAGAAAGGCCUCCCUCCUCCUAGAAGUGCUGAAACUCCAACCAGAGAAGAAACCAGUAGAGCUGAAGGGCUGGUCAGAUGAAGAGAGUGAAGUGAGGAGUUUCCUUCAGUGUCUGCCCUACAUCUCACAGCUGAGAUUCUAUCCAGACUGGUCUGAUCCCUCAAAGCUGAUCAAGUUCCUGGUCGAUCUCCUGUCUCAAGCAGCAGAGUGGGAGGAGCAGACAGGAGAGAAGAUACUGAAGCUGGUAUCAUCAGUGUGUACUUACAGCACCUUUCCUUUUCCCAAUGGAGACAAUUCUAAACAGAGUGAUUUCCUGCUGGAUCUGUACUCACAUGUCAAGGACUGUGAGACUCAAACAGGCAGGAGUGUCCUUCCAGCAUUACAGCCAGUUUACCAGUCAGCUCAUGCAGUCUGGUCCAUAGACCUCUCAGAGAGAAAGGCCUCCCUCCUCCUAGAAGUGCUGAAACUCCAACCAGAGAAGAAACCAGUAGAGCUGAAGGGCUGGUCAGAUGAAGAGAGUGAAGUGAGGAGUUUCCUUCAGUGUCUCUCCUACAUCUCACAGCUGAGUUUCUGUCCAUGGAGGCCUGAUCCCUCAAAGCAGAUCAAGUUCCUGGUGGAUCUCCUGUCUCAAGCAGCAGAGAGGGAGGAGCAGAAAGGAGAGAAGACACUGAAGCUGUUAUCAUCAGUGUGUACUUACAGCACCUUUCCUUAUCACUAUGGAAACACUUCCAAGCAGAGUGAUUUCCUGCUGGAUCUGUACUCGCAUGUGAAGGACUAUGAGACUCAAACAGUCAGGAGUGUCCUUCCAGCAUUACAGCCAGUUUACCAGUCAGCUCCUGCAGUCUGGUACAUAGACCUCUCAGAGAGAAAGGCCUCCCUCCUCCUAGAAGUGCAGAAACUCCAACCAGAGAAGAAACCAGUAGAGCUGAAGGGCUGGUCAGAUGAAGAGAGUGAAGUGAGGAGUUUCCUUCAGUGUCUGUCCUACAUCUCACAGCUGAGUUUCUAUCCACGGAGGUCUGAUCCCUCAAAGCAGAUCAAGUUCCUGAUGGAUCUCCUGUCUCAAGCAGCAGAGUGGGAGGAGCAGACAGGAGAGAAGACACUGAAUCUGGUAUCAUCAGUGUGUACUUACAGCACCUUUCCUUUUCCCAAUGGAGACAAUUCUGAACAGAGUGAUUUCCUGCUGGAUCUGUACUCACAUGUGAAGGACUAUGAGACUCAAACAGGCAGGAGUUUCCUUCCAGCAUUACAGCCAGUUUACCAGUCAGCUCCUGCAGUCUGGUCCAUAGACCUCUCAGAGAGAAAGGCCUCCCUCCUCCUAGAAGUGCUGAAACUCCAACCAGAGAAGAAACCAGUAGAGCUGAAGGGCUGGUCAGAUGAAGAGAGUGAAGUGAGGAGUUUCCUUCAGUAUCUGCCCUACAUCUCACAGCUGAGCUUCUGUCCAUGGAGGUCUGAUCCCUCAAAGCAGAUCAAGUUCCUGGUGGAUCUCCUGUCUCAAGCAGCAGAGUGGGAGGAGCAGACAGGAGAGAAGACACUGAAUCUGGUAUCAUCAGUGUGUACUUACAGCACCUUUCCUUUUCCCAAUCGAAACAAUUCUGAACGGAGUGAUUUCCUGCUGGAUCUGUACUCACAUGUGAAGGACUAUGAGACUCAAACAGGCAGGAGUGUCCUUCCAGCAUUACAGCCAGUUUACCAGUCAGCUCCUGCAGUCUUGUUCAUAUACCUCUCAGAGAGAAAGGCCUCCCUCCUCCUAGAAGUGCUGAAACUCCAACCAGAGAAGAAACCAGUAGAGCUGAAGGGCUGGUCAGAUGAAGAGAGUGAAGUGAGGAGUUUCGUUCAGUGUCUGCCCUACAUCUCACAGCUGAGAUUUCCUCCACUGAAAGAUAAUAUAGAGAGGAGAAAGAGAGAGAAGACAUUCCUACUGAAUCUGUGUCUUCAAGCAGCUCUCCAUGAGAGAGGAACCGUACAAACAACUGUAGAGAAAGUGUUGUCACUGUCUGAAGUAUAUCACUAUCAGAAAUGGGAUUUCCUGCUGGAUCUGUACUCACAUGUGAAGGUCUAUGAGACAAAAACAGGCAAGAGUGUCCUUCCAGCAUUAAAACCAGUUUACCUGUCAGCCAGUCCUGCAGUCUGGUCAAUAGACCUCUCAGAGAGAAAGGCCUCCCUCCUCCUAGAAGUGCUGAAACUCCAACCAAAGAAGAAACCAGUAGAGAUGAAGGGCUGUUCAGAUGAAGAGAGUGAAGUGAGAAGUUUCCUUCAGUGUCUGCCAUACAUCUCACAGCUGAGUUUCUAUCCAUGGUGGUCUGAUCCCUCAAGUCAGAUCAAGUUCCUGGUGGAUCUCCUGUCUCAAGCAGCAGAGAGGGAGGAGCAGACAGGAGAGAAGACACUGAAGCUGGUAUCAUCAGUGUGUACUUACAGAACUUUCCCUUUCUGUGUCCAGGAUGAUGAUGAGAGUAAAGAAUAUCAAUGUGAUUUCCUGCUGGAUCUGUACUCGCAUGUGAAGGACUAUGAGACUCAAACAGGCAGGAGUGUCCUUCCAGCAUUACAGCCAGUUUACCAGUUAGCCAGUCUUGCUGUCUGGUCCAUAGACCUCUCAGAGAGAAAGGCCUCCCUCCUCCUAGAAGUGCUGAAACUCCAGCCAGAGAAGAAAACAGUAGAGCUGAAGGACUGGUCAGAAGAAGAUAUUGAAGUGAGGAGUUUCUUUCAGUGUCUUCCCUACAUCUCACAGCUGAGUUUUUAUCCAGACUGGUCUGAUCACUCAAAGCAGAUCAAGUUCCUGGUGGAGCUACUGUCUCAAGCAGCAGAGUGGGAGGAGCAGACAGGAGAGAAGACACUGAAGCUGGUAUCAUCAGUGUGUACUUACAGAACCUUUCCUUUUCCCUAUCGAGACAAUUCUCAACUGAGUAAUUUCCUGCUGGAUCUGUACUCACAUGUGAAGGACUAUGAGACUCAAACAGGCAGGAGUGUCCUUCCAGCAUUACAGCCAGUUUACAAGUCAGCCAGUCCUGCAGUCUGGUCCAUAGACCUCUCAGAGGGAAAGGCCUCCCUCCUCCUAGAAGUGCUGAAACUCCAACCAGAGAAGAAACCAGUAAACCUGAAGGGCUGGUCUGAUGAAGAGAGUGUAGUGAGGAGUUUCCUUCAGUGUCUGCCCUACAUCUCACAGCUGAGUUUCUAUCCACGGAGGUCUGAUCCCUCAAAGCAGAUCAAGUUCCUGGUGGAUCUCCUGUCUCAAGCAGCAGAGUGGGAGGAGCAGACAGGAGAGAAGAUACUGAAGCUGGUAUCAUCAGUGUGUACUUACAGCACCUUUCCUUUUCCCAAUGGAGACAAUUCUAAACAGAGUGAUUUCCUGCUGGAUCUGUACUCAUAUGUGAAGGACUAUGAGACUCAAAAAGGCAGGAGUGUCCAUCCAGCAUUACAGGCAGUUUACCAGUCAGCCAGUCCUGCAGUCUGGUCCAUAGACCUCAGAAAGAGAAAGGCCUCCCUCCUCCUUGAAGUGCUGAAACUCCAACCAGAGAAGAAACCAGUAGAGCUGAAGGGCUGGUCAGAUGAAGAGAUUGAAGUGAGGAGUUUCCUUCAGUGUCUGCCCUACAUCUCACAGCUGAGGCUGAAUGUGGGUAUGGCAGUGAAACUGUCCAGACUGGUUAGGAGGACAGAGAGAGGUACUACUCCACUGACUGUCCUAGAACUCUCCCUGGUCCUAAAGAGCAGCCAGCCACCAGAGAGAGUGUUAUCCAGGGCUCUGAGUAGUGUGGCGUCCCUGCUGAGACUCUGGAGGGUUCAGUGUCUGGACCUGACUGACUUCUGGAUCCAGGGUCACUCUCUCAUCACACUGCUGUGUCACCAGGGACCUCUCUCUCUCAGACUGAACUCAGACACUCUGCAGCAGCUGACUGUAGUUGUGUAUGAAGCUCAGGACAAGGACUUGACUCAGUGGUUCCUGGAGAAGGUUGGUGGAGACCUGACCUCCUGCAGGCUGGACUGGGAAGUGCUUCUCUCUCUGCUGCAGCAUUCAACCCACAACAUCACUGUGGACCUCAGGAAGAACCGGCUUCUAGAGAAGAACAUCUCAGAUCUUCUCCCCUUUCUGGGAAGAGUUACUCUCAAGAGGUCCAGUUCCAGCUUUGUAAAGUCCUCCAUCAGACAGAUCUAUGACAGUAGAGCCAGUGACUGUGUGUCCAGUUUGUUGAGGUCUUCAGACCAUUGGAUCAACCUGAACAGCAGAGAGCUGGACAGAGUGGACUGUACUGCUCUGUGUUUUACCCUGCAGCACAGCCACCAAGUCAAAGUCAACCUGCUGUGGACCUCCAUACCACCGGGGGAGAUAGAGAGCAUCCUGCCUCUUCUGGACAGAGUCUCCCAACUCAGUGUUGACAGGAGGUUACUGCUGAGUUUCCUCCAGUGCUGUGCUGCCUCUCAGAUCCAGCAGGGGGCACCACCACCACCAACAGCAGUAUGGCUGCUCAGGUCUCUGCACUACAGGCUGGACUUCUCCUGCUCCUCCUCUGUGGACCUGUCAGCUCAGGACCAGGAGAAGGCUCUGUGUCUGACCACUGACCACUGCAGGGCCAUCAGCUCUGUUCUGAAGCAGAACCAACACAGCACCCAGCUGGUCCAGAACCAGGUCCAGCUCAUCCUAAGAGACUGUGAGGUGGAGGACAGAGCACUGAGGGAGCUGCUUCCCAUCCUGCAUAUUGUCAAGCUGAGCCCCAGCAAAGCUCUGCUACUUCAGCUGCUGGACCUUGUGUGUGAGGGGAUUGAAGAGGGGCUGCUGAGGCACACAGAGUCCCUGUGCAGAGCCCUGGAUGGGGAGCUGGACCUCAGUGAGACCAGGCUGGACCAGAAGGCCUGUGGAUCUCUGGCCCUGGUUCUGGAACACUCAGAGGGUCUGUCAGAACUGGACCUCAGCCACUGUCAACUCACAGACCACCACCUACAGCCCCUGAUCACACACCUGCAUAAAGUACAAGUCCUGGACCUGAGUCACAAUGACAUCACUGAUGCUCUGACUGACAGAAUACUCCAACUGGUCUCUACCAACACUUCAAUACACACCGUACGACUCUUCAACAACAGAAUCCAGGACAGAAGACCCUUCCUAACAGACAAGAGGUUUGAGAUCUGGUGAAACAUCAGGUCUUAGUCCAGGAAGAGAAGGCUGAAUCCAGGACAGAAGACCCUUCCUGACAGACAAGAGGUUUGACAUCUGGUGAAACAACAUCAGGUCUUAGUCCAGGAAGAGAAGGCUGAAUCCAGGACAGAAGACCUUUCCUGACAGACAAGAGGUUUGAGAUCUGGUAAAACAUCAGGUCUUAGAUGGACAUAGUAGUUUCAAGAGUAGUAGGCAAGGCCCAGUUCUGUGACAGAGGACAUGGUUAGGAAGGCCCCAAUCACUCUCUCUCUCUCUCUCCCUCUCUCUCUCUCUCACACACACACACACACACACACACACACACACACACACACACACACACACACACACACACACACACACACACACACACACACACACACACACAAAGAAGGUUCAGUCUCACCCACCACGUGGAACUCAAAGAAGAAUGAACAUUCUGAGAGAAUUGACAUUGAUUAAAGAAAAUAAGAAGAAAUUAAUUUAUUAAGAUAGUAAUAAAAUGUUAAAUAUGUUAAAUGUUGGAAGCAUUGGGAAACAUAUAGUGGGAGAUAUUAAAAGGUGAUUCAAGUAAUGCAGUGAAAUGGUUCAGAAUGUUUUAAUGUUGGUUGCUUUAAGGUACGAUGCUUGUAGACUGUGUUGGUUAGGUUUAAAGGACAAGGCCUUAUGGUCUGUAGGAGGUUGGUAAUGACAUGUUAUAAUGAUGAAAUGGUAUAAUGUUGAAGGGUUUUAAAAAUGUUGAAUGUUUAGGAAGUAAUGGGAAGAAUAGGUUCGAGUGGGAUUAUAAUUGAGAAGGGAAUGUUAAUGUUUAAAAAUUCAUGUUUAGAAAUAAAUGUUUUAAAAGUUAAUGAUAAUGGAGUGUACUGAGGGUGCUAUCUUGCUUUGGGAAUCCCCCGGUCAGAGCAGCCAGGAGGAGGCAUCCUGUCUAGACGUCCUGCCUAUGUGAGGAAAGAUGGGGGUUAGUGGGUGCUGAAAGAGCACCUUUUGAGUGAUGGCCACAUUAGGUGCUAACCACUGAAUGCAUCAUUGGAGCAGGUGUUAGCCACAAUGAGUUAACAGAAAGGAAGAUGGAGGGUAUAAAGGAGGCAUCAUUCUGGAGAAGGGUACGACUCUCUAUUAGCUUCAACAACCUGUGGACUGAUGGAAGAAGAUUUCUGCUGUAGCUUUUUAGCUUGAAAUAUAUUUUUAUAUAUAUUAAACUCAUAUUUAGAUUUAUAUUAUACUCAUAUUUAGAUUUAUAUUAUACUCAUAUUUAGAUUUAUAUUAUACUCAUAUUUAGAUUUAUAGCUUGAAAUACAUUGAGUUUUUUAUUAUUCUCAUAUUUAGAUUUGUAUUAUUCUCAGUUAAAGUAAAAUUCUAGGAGGGAUCCUUAAGGUUUCCUCAUUGAUAGAAGUGUGUUAAAGUAGCUGGUAGAGUUUUUAGACGCCAACUGAGGGACUGAUCAUCCUGAGGGGGGAGAUAAAAAACAGUAUGUAAAGUUGUAGAAGGUAAGAACCUGUUUUUCUAUAUAUUAAUUACUGUGCUUCUCAUAAAGUUGUAAAAUACAAAACAUAUUUUAUUGGCAAUAAGGGUAUAGUUAUUAAGGGCUCUGAAGGUGUCUAUCAAUUUAAUUUACUGUUGAUGUUGCUUAUCAUUGAUGGUGAUAUUGAUUUGUGAUUGACUGAUUGAUCUGGGAUUUUUUAUGCCUCUUUCUGGGAUUUUGAAUAAACUUUCCUUAUUGUUCUGAAA